AUGACAAAAAUCAACUUUUUAGUCGUAUUUGCGCUUGUUUAUGUUAUGACAUUCUCCAAUGUGUAUUCGUAUCCUUGGCGUCGUGCCUGCACAUACAUCGAUAACAUCGGAUGCGAUAACACCGGUCAUGGAAACAUUGGCAAUUCUAAUGCCGGUGAUAAUAAUAUCGGCAGUGAAAACGGCUUAGGGAGUACAGGUACCAAUGUUGGUAGCAAUAAUAUCGGCAACGCAAAUGGAAAGAGUAGCGGUGGAGUGGAUAAUGGAAAUGGUAAUAUUGGCAAUGGUAAUGGCCAAAAUAGUGGCAAUAGCGGUCCAAAAGAUUGCGCUGCAUCAGGUUUCCCUAAUGGCUCUGGUGUAGGCGAGCAUAAUGGAGAUUCGAAUAUUGGUAAUGGUAACGGUGCGAAUUCUGGAGAUAACAACUGCGUUUAUAAUCUAAACACUGGCAGCGACAAUGGAAACCGCAAUAUCGGCAAUGAUAACGGAAAAGGAACCGGUAAUGGCAACUAUCUUACUCUAGAAUCUGGCUCCCACAACGGCGACGGAAAUGUUGGCAAUGGAAACGGCCAAGGCAGUGGCAACAACAACUCUUUCAUGCUUCAUGACGGUACCAAUGUAGGCAAUAAUAAUGUUGGAAAUCAGAAUGGUCAAAAUACCGGAAAUAAUAACUACCUCAAGGGAAACAAUGGUGUAAGCGUUGGCAAUGACAAUGUCGGAUCCAACAGCGGAUCAAACUUAGGCAAUAAUAACACGAAGUAG